UCUCGCCAACCACCCAAACACUCAGCUACUAUAAAUUCAUUCCCCAUAUCUCCCUCUACUUACACUCACCAUCCGUCGACUCCGCCGUCAAACAAAAUGGCCACGUCAUCCUCCUUCUCAACUCUCCGUCACCCUUCUCUCAAGCUCCCUCUCUCCUCCAAACAAUCUGUCUUCCCCGUUUUCUCCGUUAAUCUCAGUGGCCGUAAGCGGAACCUACCUCGUUUCCUCAUAGUGGCUUCCGGUGGACUGUCCUCCAAACCGACCGUACUCGUGGCCGAGAAGCUGGGAGCGGCGGGUUUGGAUCUGCUGAAGGAUUUUGCCAACGUGGACUGCUCUUAUAAUUUGACGCCAGAGGAGCUGUGCACGAAGAUCUCGUUGUGCGACGCGCUGAUCGUUCGGAGCGGGACGAAGGUGAGCCGCGAGGUGUUUGAGUCUUCGGGUGGGAGGUUGAAGGUGGUCGGGAGAGCCGGUGUCGGUAUCGAUAAUGUGGAUCUGGCUGCUGCUACCGAGUUCGGGUGUUUGGUUGUGAACGCGCCUACUGCCAAUACUGUUGCGGCUGCUGAGCACGGGAUCGCGCUUUUGGCUGCCAUGGCCAGAAAUGUGGCGCACGCUGAUGCCUCUGUUAAAGCCGGGAAGUGGCAACGGAACAAAUAUGUGGGUGUUUCUCUUGUGGGUAAAACACUUGCUGUGAUGGGGUUUGGAAAGGUUGGAUCAGAGGUUGCUCGUCGAGCUAAGGGUCUUGGUAUGAAUGUUAUUGCACAUGAUCCUUAUGCACCAGCAGACCGUGCUCGUGCUAUUGGUGUGGAGCUUGUGAGCUUUGAUGAAGCUAUAGGUACUGCUGAUUUUGUCUCUUUGCAUAUGCCUCUUACUCCUGCCACAUCAAAGAUGCUUAAUGAUGAGACUUUUGCAAAAAUGAAGAAAGGAGUUAGAAUUGUCAAUGUUGCUCGUGGAGGUGUGAUUGAUGAGGAAGCUUUGGUGAGGGCACUGGAUGCUGGAACUGUUGCGCAGGCAGCACUUGAUGUUUUCACAGUGGAGCCACCACCAACAGACAGCAAGCUGAUACAACAUGAGAGGGUUACUGUGACUCCACAUCUUGGUGCUAGUACAAUGGAGGCUCAGGAAGGAGUUGCCAUUGAAAUUGCUGAAGCUGUUGUUGGUGCCUUGAAAGGAGAGCUUGCAGCUACUGCAGUUAAUGCACCGAUGGUUCCUGCUGAGGUUCUAACAGAGUUGAAACCAUUUGUGGAACUUACUGAGAAACUUGGGAGACUGGCUGUCCAACUAGUAACAGGAGGAAGUGGUGUGAAAACUGUGAAAGUUACAUAUGCUUCUGCUAGAGCCCCGGAUGACCUGGACACUAGGCUCCUUCGCGCAAUGAUCAUCAAGGGUCUGAUUGAGCCCAUAUCCAGUGUUUUUGUGAACUUGGUUAAUGCUGAUUACACAGCCAAACAGAGAGGUCUUCGCAUAGCUGAAGAACGCAUUCUUCUAGAUGGCUCACCUGAGAAUCCACUUGAGUACAUCCAGGUUCAGAUUGCCAAUGUUGAAUCAAAAUUUGCCAGUGCCAUGUCUGAUUCUGGGGAGAUUAGGGUUGAGGGACGGGUGAAGGAUGGAAUUCCACAUUUGACAAGGGUUGGAACUUUUGAGGUGGAUGUGAGCUUGGAAGGUAAUAUCAUACUUUGCAGACAGGUCGAUCAGCCAGGUAUGAUUGGCACAGUGGGGAGUAUCUUGGGAGAAGAAAACGUUAAUGUCAGUUUCAUGAGUGUUGGAAGGAUUGCUCCACGCAAGCAUGCAGUGAUGGCGAUUGGUGUUGACGACCAACCCAGCAAGGAAGUUUUGAAGAAGAUUGGGGAAGUUCCGGCCAUUGAAGAGUUUGUUUUCCUUAAGUUGUAGUGUGAUGCUGCUACCAUCAAUCUUAUUCUUUUCCGUUUUGGUCUUGUGGGAGAUGGGUGUCUUUACUAUAGUGUAGUGCCCGGUUUUGAUUAUUUCCUUUUUACUGUUUUGUGGUUAGCUUUAGUAGGGAGAAGAACAGAAUAAUUCAGCUUUGCGAAAAAGGAUUGUGUACUUUAUUGAGUUAUUUUUAUUUCAAGUUUGCCAUAAGAAGGCCUGUCUUUUUGUAAA